CGCAUAAUAACUCGACCGAAAGAGAGGACCCGACAAGCCUAAGGGAAUAUCCGAAAUAACUCCCAUUCUCUCUCGAAUUCCACAUCCGUCUCUCCCCUCCUCCCGCCGCCGAUGGCCGCCUCCUCUUCCUCCUCCGCCGCCAAAUCCUUCUUCCAUUCCCUCAAGAGAUUCUUCAAGGCUCCCUGGGAGAUCACCGGCCCCUGUGCCGACCCCGAGUACCGCACUGCCGUCCCCAAAGCCACCGAAUACCGCCGGUUCUGCCCGGCCACUGUGCCGGCCAAGGCCUGCGUCCCCACCGCCGACCCCGGGACCGUUUUCGACAUCAAGUACCACAUCCGCGAUCGCCGCCGCGACCGGCCUCCCGUCCGCCGGACCGUGCUGAAGAAGGCCGACGUAGAGAAGAUGAUGGCCGAGAAGACCUUCGGCGCUGCGGACUUCCCGCCGGUGUACCUCACUGAGCGGGUCCAGGAGGACGAAAACGCCAGGGGAGGCGGGUACCAGAAAUAGGUUUACACAUCACUUGCAGAGUUGAUCUUCCAUCAGGCUAUUUUCAGGUUUAAAAGUUCAGUCUAUUGGAACAGGUUUUUCUUCGAUCAUAGAGGAAAUGUAUAACUAAAGAAAUAUAUAACUAAAGAACUUCUCCUUAGAUGACAAUGUGUUUUCUUGUUCUGGUUGUGGGGCCUCUAAAUGGUUGUUAGUUGUACUGGAUAGUUUUAGGGCAGGACUAGACCCUUGGAACAUCUCAAGUAUUUUAUUUAUAUUGUAUAAUUUUGUUGGAGAAGGCAAUAGGAAUAUCGACACAUCCAGGAUUUUAUGAUUGCUUGUGUUAAUCACAUUGUCUUGUUUGUCCAACCUUCUUUGUUCUGAAUAGGAUAUAUACAAUCUUAGGGCCUAUUUGGAUUUUCCUACAUGAUUGGGCCGAAAAUCUUAUAGAUUCGUGGAUUGAGCUACUAAGAUCACAAGCUACAAGCUGGGCUAGGCCUAUAUUCAUAAAAUACCCAAAAAUAGCUUUGGAAAGUGCCGG